UUGAGCCCUACAGAAGUCCACAAAGUAUAACUUCUUCCGCAUUUCCAAGAGAACGCGAAAUGUAGCCAUUCAGUCUUUGGAAACACCCAUGUGUCACUUAAUGUUUGAGAUACAAAACAACCCCAAAACAGCGUCUUUAUGUCGGACAAUCGGUCCUUUGCUUCUAAUUUACCGUGUGUGCUGUGAAGCUCUCAACGUAUGUUUCUGUUUCUCAGUUCCUGCUUCUGGAUGAAUGCAGAACUAUAACAAAGCAUUCAGAAGCUCAAGCUCAUCUAAGUGACUUUACAUUGAUUGGAAUGGCUUGAACAUGUAAUAUGAGCGCACAUAUUCACGUACGAUCAUCUGAAUCUGCGUAAACAAUGGCAGAUGGUGGAGUAGAGCUUAUGGAUCAAGGAUUUGCAAAUCUUGCCAAGGCAUUUGAAAUCCUUUCCCAGGCUGGACCGGAGCGAUGGCUCAGUCUGACGUUAAAAAUGAAGCGCAGUCGGGCCGAGGAAUUGGUGAAUGCCAUGUGCUUGAUUCUCCUUAAGAGGAUUGGAGAUGCGCACGCUAAGCUAACGGCUAACAGCGACAGCAGCAUUGGAAAAUACUUGGCCGAAAUGGUCAGAUUGCAUGGAGAACGUGUCAACAGUAGCCACAUUGGUGGCUUUAAGUCAACAGACACCAAUACGUUAUUGGAUAUUGCCAGAAUUUUUGCCAUUUUGGUGCAGGAGAGAUUGUGCGACAAAUCGUUACGAGAUCAAGCAUACUGCAAGGCUCUUGCGUCGAGCAGAGCGGCUGGUUUGCUAUCUUUACACCUCGAGGAGGAAGUAAAGCAAGUCUGCGGGCCUGACAUCAUCAACGAAUCCAACACCGAACUUUCUACUGAAACGUACAAUUUGACGUCUCUAGAGCGACACGAAAGCCCUCCAUCAUCUCAGCAAUUAAGUUCACACUAUAGUCUUGAAAUUAGCUUGCCAGUAGCUAAAGAAUCCAGUAUGGACCAAUCAAAGCCGAUGAGUCUACGAACGCCAACGGAUAGCGAAACUACAGCAAGCCAAGACCAACUACGACAUCAUGUUAAUAGAUCAACUAAUAUUUGCGCAAAGGACCAGCUACCAACAGAGGAAGUCAAUUGCGCAACAAAGUUGAAGCAGUGUCUAGACGAUAAAUCAAGCUCCCAACUUGUGACAUCCAAAAACACGAAUGUCAAUUUUUCGUCCAUCCCAAACGAUGGCGACAAACUUCGAGCUCAACCACUAAAUGCUACAGAUCACAAACCGUCAACUCAACAGAGUUUUCGCUCUCUAGAACCGAGCCAAAGCGACGUGGAAGAAACGUUUUACGACUUUGUGAUCCUACACGAAGCUGAAGAUGCAGAUGAGGCGGAAAGACUCAGAGACAAACUUGAGAGUAUCAUCCGUGGAGUCGGCGCAACAUUUUCCGAUGAAUUUGCGCAACCUGGAAAGUCAACGUUGCGAUGUAUGGAGGAUGCAAUUGAGAACUCUGCAUACACGCUGCUGCUGCUAACCCAGAACUUCAACUCCAACCUCAGCGCAACCAGCGCAGAUUCGGCGAUCGUGAAUUCGCUGGAAAACCACCACAAAAUGAACUCCGUAAUUCCGCUGCUACCCCGCAAAAACUGUUUGUCGCGCAAAAGUUUUCCGUUGGUGCUUAAGACGAAGGUUCCUCUCGAUGAAAGCAGCAGAAUGUUCGAACGCAACGCCCAAAAGGCCAUCGCACGAGAAAAAGUGGCAUUACAAAAGAAGGUUUGGAAGAAUAAACAGCAUUGUAAGAAACUAGUCGAAGAACAGAAGAGACAACAAGAGGAGAACGCCAUAAAAGCGGAGCUACGGAAACAGGAGGAAAAAUUAGCACGGAUGAGACUAGAAAGCAAAAUGCAGCAAAAUAACAUGUUUUAUCCGACAUCUGCACCGAUGCAUUCACCUCCGCCGCAUGGGACGAUGCACUCACAACAUGACGCAUGCCAGCAACAGCAGCAGCAACCGUCGUACAUCCACAUCGAGAACGCUCAGAACGUUAUGAUCGGAAACCACUCAACCAUGAAUAUCGACCAUGUUAAAAACUCGCCCAAUGAGUUUGAUUCUUAAACCUGAUGUUUAAAGUGAUUUAUCACUAAAACAGGUCACAUGCGUUACUGAAAAGAAAACUUGUUUUAGCAAAUCAGGUUUGCUUACAUCUGGUUGCCUGAUGUGUUUUUAGGGGGCGGGGUUUGGAGAAUGCUUGAUGAUUGACUACAACUACCAAAAAGUACAAGAAAUAGUGUUCCGUAUCAUUGUAUUAAUCCAACAUUAGGGCUGUCGGUUUGUUUUAUGGUGGAUUAUUGGUCUUUUUUUUUUUUUUUGAGUCUAAGCUUCAUUUCCAUGUUCAACAUAAUUCAUAUGGUUAUUACAGUUAAUUUUUGCUCUAAAGAUCAUAAAGUUGAUAAAGAAAGACACGUCAACUGAGAGCAAAAUGGUGUUACUGUGAGGUAAAAAGGUUUUUUUUUUUAGUAAAAUAAAUUAAAUCACAUGCCAGCAUGGAAAAUGUUUACAUUUUUUUUUCUUUUGUUUGAUUUAUGGUAAUGUUCUCUCAUGACAAACUAUGCUAAAUUAUUCUGUAAUUACUGUGGGGAAUUUCUUAAGUUCUGAAUAAACGAUAAGCUUGUAUAAAAAUAAA